AUGUCGACAGUGCCAGGACAAUUGAUAUGGGAGAUUGUGAAGAAGAACAACUGUUUCUUGGUGAAAGAGUUCGGAAGGGGCACUCAGAGCGUGGAGUUCAGCAGAGAACCCAACAAUCUCUAUAACCUCAACACUUUCAAGUACUCUGGUUUGGCGAACAAGAAAACUGUCACUAUUCAGUCUGCAGGUAAAGACCAAUCUGUAUUACUUGCUACGACUAAGACAAAGAAACAAAAUAAGCCUGCUUCUUUGCUUCACAAAUCUGUCAUGAAAAAGGAGUUCCGAAGAAUGGCAAAGGCAGUGCAAAAUCAGGUAGCAGAUAACUAUUACAGGCCUGAUCUAAAAAAGGCAGCUUUGGCAAGGUUGAGCGCUGUCAACAGGAGCCUUAAAGUUGCAAAGUCUGGAGUGAAGAAGAGAAACAGACAGGCUGUGAAGGUCGCUGGGCGGAAGUGA